AAGAUGGCGCCCAGCGAAAUAUGAGUGGUCUUGAGAAAGAAAAGCUACAGUUAGCCAUCUAACGAAAACCACCAAAAACAAAGAAUACACCAGCCACAGAAAACACCAAUAGCUCCUCGCUUCCCUGCUCAUUGGAAGGGGAGCGUCGUUACGAGGGUAGAAAAGCGCUUGUGGGCGGCUCAGACCGCGGCCCGGUUGAGGAAGAGAGGUUCCCCCUACAGAAUAGGGCACAAUGAAUAACUCCUUGGAUGGUACAGGCUCCUAUGAGGAGCUUGUGAGGCAGAAAGCUCGGAGUAUCCCUCAGCAUCGCAUGAAAGAGUUCCUGGAGUCUUUGGCCAGCAAAGGUCCAGAUGCCCUGCAGGAGUUCAGCCAGCAAAGUGGAGAUACUACAACAACCACCACCACUAUGGUCUAUCAACAAGAGGCGAACUGCAUCUAUACAGAUAGCACAGAGGUGGCUGGGUCACUGUUGGAACUGGCAUGUCCAGUUCAAGUGCAGGUCCAGCCGCAGCAGCAGAUACAGGAGUCUACAUCUCAGCAGCAGACUGUACAACAGAAUACAGAGCAACAGAUAGUGCAGGUUCAGAUCCAGGGCCAGCAGCAGGGUCAGAUGCUGGGUCAGGUUCUUCAAGUGCCCUCUGGCUCACAUCAACAGCUACAAGGUGUAACUACGGCACAGCUGAUUCAGCCUGGAGAACUGACAGAGGAACAGCACCAACAGCUGCAAGCCCAGUUGGUUGCAGCUGUUGCAGGAGGACAGCAGAUCCAAAUCCAGACGGUGGGGGCCCUCUCUCCCACUCAACAGCAGGACAGUGCAGAGAGGAGAGUAAUGGGAACUACAGUUGCCACAUCACAGGGAGCAGGUGUCCUCCAGCCAGCCAAGAAGCGUAAGGUGGACAUGCCCAUCACUGUGUCCUAUGCUCUGCCCGGUCAGCAGGUAGCCACUGUCCUGGCUAUCCCUCAGGGACAGGGCCAGCAGCAAAGUUAUGUGUCCCUGCGGCCAGACCUUUUAACUGUGGACAGUUCUCACCUUUACAGUGCUACAGGCACUAUUACCAGUCCCACAGGGGAGACCUGGACCAUCCCUGUGUAUUCUGCACCUGCUGGAUCUGGAGGUCGUGAACAGGUCACACAUAUUGCCAUCCCGCAGGAAGCUUAUGGAACAGUGCAGGUGGCGGGGGCAAACACUACAACAAUGACUACGAUGCCAACACAAGUUACUGUUGAAAAUGACAAAAUGAAAAACCCCGCUAGUCAAAGUCAGACAGCUCAGGCAGUUUCCAGCAUUACAAGCUCUGGAGGAAUGGGAAGCCAGGAGGAAGUGGUGCAUACACUGGCUGCCAACACACUGUUCCCUGCCCAGCUGAUGAAUGGAAACAUCCACAUCCCAGUGGCAGUACAGGGCUACUCUAAUGCUACGCAGUCACUUAUCUGGGACCCACAGCAGCAAGUGUUGCACACACAGGGGCUGACAGGGCAAGAUGCACAGCAGCUGCAGGUAAUAACAGAGGGUCAGACUGUGGUAGCAGAGGUAGAUGGUCAAGGUCAACAGCAAGUGCAGGUGCAGGAACUGCUACUGCCUGCCACCCUGAAGCCAGAGGAGGGGCUGGAUGUGUGGCGGCUUUGGGCUCAGCGGAAAAACGCAGAGUUGGAAAAGUCAGACAAAAAUAAACUGGCCCCGAUUGGUCGACGCCAGGCACUGCGUUUCCAGGAGGACUUGGUGUCGUGUGCAGUUGCAGAGCUCUGCAUGGGUCUCUCUUUGAUGACAACAGAGGCCAGGGGGCUGGAAGGGGAAUCUUAUGAGGCUGAUGUUCUGUACUAUGUUUUUCUAUGCUUACAGAAAUAUCUGUUUGAUAAUGGUCGUGUGGACGACGUUUUCUCAGAUCAGUACUACACUCGCUUUGCUCAUAGUCUGCACCAGAUCUUGGAUCCUUGGAGACCACCUGUUCAUCCACUAGGUUAUGUUAUCCCCAGCCAUGUGACAGAGGAAAUGCUGUGGGAAUGCAAACAGCUGGGGGCUCAUUCUCCUUCGACGCUACUUACAACUCUAAUGUUCUUCAACACCAAGUAUUUCCACCUGAAAACAGUGGAUCAGCAUCUAAAAGUGGCCUUUUCUAAGGUGCUGAGACACACUAGGAAGAGUCCCAACAACCCCAAAGAUAAGAGCACCAGCAUCCGAUACCUAAAGUCAACAGAGAGGUUCAUUGGACAGAAAGUGACAGAUGACAUGUACUCGGAACAGCUGGAAGACCCAGAGAACCCGCUGCGAUGCCCCAUCAAACUCUAUGAUUUCUACCUCUUCAAAUGUCCACAGAGUGCUAAAGGUCGUAAUGACACUUUCUACCUGACUCCUGAGCCUGUUGUGGCCCCAAACAGCCCCAUCUGGUACUCAACUCAGCCAAUCCCAAAAGAACAGCUGGAGCAGAUGCUCGCCCGCAUCCUUGUCGUUCGUGAAAUCCAAGAAGCCAUUAACAUGUCUGAGAGCGUGCACUAGUUGGACUGGAGGAGAAUGAAACAUGGACUAGACUCUUCCUCUUUUUCUUCACCCAGCCUUUGAUUGCUCAUUACGAGUAGUUUUCUAUUCUCUCACACCCUCUUGUGGUCUUAAAGGGUGGCAUGUAUAUGUUUAUAUUCAUUAUAUGUCAGCAUAUCUUACACACAUGGACUGUACAUACACAUACAACCAGCUACAGCUAAUCAGUCGUCUCACUGAGGCGAUCACGCAAGUUUUUUUUGUUUUGUUUUAUUUGGCCAAAGGAUGUAGUGUCUAAUCGUUUUGUUGGACCUGAACUCUAAUUUAAAUGUUAUUAUAACUGUUGGUUCUCCUUACCAAUGGUCUGGAACAAUUGCUAAUUUUUGUUCCUGUUCUGUUUUAUUCUGUAAUAUAUUUCAUAUACAUUUUCACUGGGGUUGGCCUGCGCUAUGCUGCUUUUCUUAGACAUCCCUCCUUGUUGCUCUAUUUUCCUUCAUCUGCCUUGGUCACUGUUAUGUCUCACAGUGAGUACCUCAGUGGUAUUAUAACUACAUUAAGUAGCCCAAAAUAGGCUAAAAGCUCAUUUUCAACUUGUGUGAAUUCUCUUUCUUUGUAUUUCACUCUUGUCUGUCGUGAGCCGAGUUCUCUUGUGGACACGCUGAACUCUGGAGAUGACUGUGGUUAGCGAAGGCUGCUUGGGCUGUAGCACCCCCUGUUGGACCAGCUCAGUGGCAUCGAAUCACAUCAAGACUUAAAUCUGCUGUGGACUUGAUUGCAAUAUGGCGUCACCACUCGACCUGCAGCUACUAGCACUGGCCACACAUUGGAGGUGUGGCAGAGUUCGGGUGGAGGAUGCUUUGCUGCUGGAUCCUCCCUUCUUUCCUCACCAACCCCAAAACUCACCCAAAGAGGAAUCUAUUGUAUCAUACAUCUCUAAUACAAGACAGACGAAAGACUCUAAAACGUGGGUUAGCCCCUAAUGUUCUAUAAUGUAUAAAACUCAUAGCUCCUUCAUGUACUGUAACGGUUGUCAGUCAUUUAAGGAGAAUGGCAGUGCCUGUGUGUUUUUGAAACAUGACCUUUUUUGUACAGCCACUA